ACCACUAAUUGAUGGGCUGGGUUUAAUUUUAGCUGUCACUCGUGGUCUCUUCCCAGCUCGCGCCGAGUCUGACGCGGGCUAACUACACUGCUAGAUAGCAUGCGAGAGGCGAUUCACGCCCUGCGUUGCAUCUUCUGGUGCCCCCGAAGGACGCAGAGCACGCGGAUCGAUCCGACUGUGGUAAGCCGUCCCGUCCGUUGUGUAUUUGCAUAUUGGCUUUUUCGCGCUCUAGCUUUGCAACCGAGCAGUUUCAGAGAAAACCGCACAAACCUUUCUGACCUUCAUUGCCCGUUAAGUAGGCCGUAUCCUUUGUGAGACGAACGAACACUCGAGAAGUGAGAUACACACAGACAGACACACAACUACAGUAACCCUCGCUGCGCAUGCGCGCCGAGGGUUAAAACAAGUGGUUAUAGCUAGCAACCUUUUGAGGCAGGGAGAAGUAAAAACUCUUAUGUAGGCGAAAGCAGCUGCAGGAAGCUCUGGGGACUACAACUGUUCCACUGUGUAUUACUGCCUUCCCUCGCCUUGGCUGUCCUUCCUUCACUCUCCCCGAGUACACCCGCCCUCCUCUCUCUCCUGCCUCCCAAUCUCUCUUCUACCCUGACCAGGCCGUGUGGUGCGGACAUCCUAGAUUUAUAACUCUAACAAGGAAUAUCAGAGAGAGAAGAGGAGAAAAAGUGGUCAUCAAUGUACCAAUCUUCAAGGAUAAGAAUACCCCAAGUCCAUUCAUUGAAGAGUUUCUUACAGAUGUCGAUGGCACAGGUUCACUCAGAGCAAAGCCGGAUCACAUAUACCUCGAUCACAUGGGGUUCGGCAUGACAUGCUGUGCUUUACAGGUCGCACUACAAGCAAGUGAUCUCAAAGAAGCAAGGAUACUCUACGACCAACUAGCUGCCAUCUGCAGGCACUCUCAGCAGCAACUUCUGCAAUAAAAGUUUUUCUAACUGAUAUUGACUGCCGGUGGAACCUAAUACGUGACUCAGUGGAUGACAGAACUGAAGAAGAAAGAGGAGAAAAGGUUGGAACAAACCCUUGCGUCAGCAGCAACUUUGGGCCUCCUACCAUGCUUUGACACAAGCCAUUAUCACACGCACAAAACUAAUCUCCUGUCCUGUGUUGUGCAAAAACCAUAUUAUCUCACAAACGGACAGACUGAUGGUGCACAGUUUGUUCAUCGUACAUUGUCAAUGCAUAGGGUUGGCUGGACUGAAACAUAUUGAAGUGGUGAACAGUAGAGCUUGGGGCAGACACAAUGAGCUAACUAAAGUCUAUUCGCAUUCACCUUAGCAUGAUUAACUCUUUAUACAGGCACCACAUACUUUACUAUGGCAUACUUUUCUUAGGGGACAUUGAGCUAACUCUUUUGACUGACAGGGUUUCAUGCCUCUUUCGGAGUGUCCAUUCACCAUUCCCACCUCUCGUUUCCAUGUAAUUGAUUGCUACCUCACCAAUCAAGACUACAAUGACAUGCCACUCCCAUAUAAUGCUGAGGCCUUCCAAACUCUAAGGGAUGGAGAGAUCCAGUCUCCUUGUUUGAGGAAAAGAUUUAUCAGAGCAUUGAAGAUGACGUCGACCAUUUUGAGAACAUACAGUCUACCAACUGGCAGAGUAUGAGGUUCAAGCCUCCACCUCUUAAUUCUAACAUUGGAUGGAGAGUCGAGUUCAGAUCUCUAGAUGUGAGAGCUCUAUAAUGGGUGGUUUCAUCUUCCCUAAAAUUAUUUUUGCAAGUGCAACUGACCGACUUUGAGAAUGCUGCAUACAUUGUGUUUGUAAUUCUACUGACCCGAGCUAUUCUCUCAUUUGAUCUCAACUUCCUCGUUCCCAUUUCAAAGAUGCAGGAGAACAUGGCGAGGGCUCAGAAAAGAGACGCAGUUCGCAGUGAGAAGUUUUACUUCAGAAAGAGUGUUGUCCCCGAUGAUGACAAAGAUGAUGAUGAUAAGGAGGGGGCGGAGCCUCGGGGACCACAUGACCACGAGUACACUGAAAUGUCUGUGGACACGAUCAUAAACGGGAAGGGUGAGUUCCCAGGCCUCAUUCCACUGGUGAAGAUGUAUGUCAACAGUAUAGAGAUUGACACGCGGUGCUCUAUCAUGCUAUAUCUUGCACUCAUCUCCAAGAGAGCUUUAGGAGAGCUAAUGACAGGGGCAAGAUGGAUUAGGCACUACCUCACCUCUCACCCUCUCUACAAAGAAGACUCUGUUGUCAGUGAAGAGAUGACCUAUGACCUCAUCAAGAGGAUGAUAGAGAUCUCCAAGGGGACUGUCCCCUGCCCAGACCUAACUGGAAAACUUCUCGCCAAACAAGUUGAUAGCUAAUUUU